AUGGAUCACUCGCAUAUGGACCAUGGAGAUAUGGACAUGGGCCACGGCGGAGGCCACUGUGUUACAAACAUGCUAUUUACCUGGUCCACUCACAACAUGUGCAUAAUCUUCCCUGAAUGGCGUGUCCAAGGCACCGGCUCGCUUAUCGCAUCCCUCUUCGCAAUCAUCCUACUCUGUGCCGGUUACGAGGCUGUCCGGAGCUUCACACGUCUCUACGAGGUAUCACAUACACAGCGUCUGAAGGCGUUUUCUUCGUCUGUAUUAGUUGACACUGAGAACGUGGGCCCUCGAACUACGUCUGGUGACGUCGAAUUCCCGGAAGAAGAUACCAGAAGAGAAGGUCUUGCACGUUUCACGAACUCACUGCUUGUAGGCAGAGAUAGCAAGCAAGUCUUGGAGCGGCGGGGGCGGGUGAUUAUGGCCGCUCUGUAUGCGGCACAGGUGUUUUAUAGUUUUUUUAUCAUGCUUCUUUUCAUGACAUAUAAUGGAUGGGUGAUGAUUUCCGUGGCUGUUGGUGCCUUCGUCGGGUACCUUGUUUUUGGUGGUGAUGCACCUGUAACGAAAUCUGCGGCAUGCCAUUAA